UUUGCUGCUAGAUAUCGAAGUUAUGGCCAAGGUGAAGGAGCCGAGAUCGACGAGGUCGAUGAGAAGGUCGAGGUGGAAUUGCCGGUCAAGGAGGAAGCAUAUGACUCGGAUAUGGAAUUCGAGUUGAUCAAUGCUGAGCCAGCCAUGCGUAGUCCACGCAGCGAGCCAAUGCAACGCAGCCCGCAGCCCUCUCAAUCGUCGAUCUCGAUGUUCAAUACCAUCAGUGCGACGAACUCAUCGAAUCCUACACUGAUCUCUCGGCUCCCCACCCCACCCCUAUCCUCACGCAGUGCUGCCGGUCCAAGUUCGCUGCCAGAUGCCACGCAGACCUCGCAGUCGGAUGGCAUGGAAAACCUGAACUCAUCAACAGCCAAUGGUAGUGGUCCAGGCCGAUCGCAGGUGGAUGAAACGGAUCCCAUACACACGUUCUUGAACCAGCUGAAGCGUCCGCUCGCUCACCUGACGGACGCCUUCCGUGACUUUGGGGUCGUUAAGGGAGAAGAUCUGGAUGUUCUGUGCGAGUUGAAGGACCAAUGGACUUUCCUUCAGGCGUGCUUAGGUGAUGCAAAGAAAGUGACCCCCCUCGAAUGGAUGAUCAUAAAAGCGGGCCUGGAAGGACGAGCGGCGAGACUGCGCAAAUGAAGGGACACUUACGUCUAUAGCGUAUGGUACCAAUAACAGGCACUGCGCGUUUCCCUAUCUGAUGUAAUACUUAUGCCAUUUUCAGCCUUGAGCCACAGUGCGGCCACCAUCGCUGUAGGGUUGCUGUAGGAUAUCAUGGUCUUU